GAAUGUGAUCGUUUCGCUGAUCUCCCACUCUUACGAGUCCGUGUACUUUUCGUUGCUUUUUUAAUCGUAGGACAGCUUGUGCCGCAGCGACAAAGACGAUUGUUCGUAGAGAGACUAUCAAAGAAAAGUGAAUUUUCGCUCUUAGUCUGCAUUCUAGGACAGUUGAUCAAUGGUUUAUCUUUUUUUUUGUAAUGUGGAUCAAACAAGAUAAUUGGCUACAUUUCAACUGGGGAGUUGCUGACAAUGCUAGAAUGUCUAGUAGCUAAAUGGUGACUGUUUUGCUGUAACUAGAACAUUGAGAUUUAUUUUCUCAAAAGACCCAAUUUCGUUGAUUUGAAGAUAAUCAGGACAAGGCUACAGCCGAGCAAGGACAAGACAUCACCUUCAGCAUUUUUUCCCCAUUUGAUCUACAGGGACAUACAAUAAUGUUAACCCAGAGAAAGAGAAAACGCACUGUGGAAGACUUCAACCAGUUUUGCACCUUUGUGUUGGCCUAUGCUGGAUACAUCCCCUAUCAAACAGAGGAGUGGUGGUGUAGUGAGAGCAAGCCCAGGGACAGUAACCCCUGCAGCACCAGCCACAGUACCAGUCCAUGGGCCUACCAGUCCUCUCCUAACUCAGACUGUGGCUCCUCCGCUCAGAGCCAGAAGGAGAAAGGGAAGGAGGUGAAGAGGAGGAGGUCAGACAAGAAUCCAGCUGGGCCUGGUCAGGGGGAGAAGAAGCCUAGAGGAGGAAGUGCCAAGAAGUCUCCCAAUACGAAACAGGCUGCCCCUAGAUCAACAGUCAGCAGAACGCCAGAGCUCCAUGAGCAGCACCAGCCCCAGUCUGGACGGACCAACCACAACAGCUGUCCUACUUACAACAAAAUACAUCCUCUCACGGUUCCCAAACAUGACCAUGACUGUAAACUUCCCCAAUCUUCCCUGACUCAACUCUUCCCUGAAGCCACCCCCAGCAGCUCUCUUUCUGACCACAACAACAAGACCAACAUCGGUCAGACAGACACACCAGACCCCAACGGGUCAGCUGGGAAGACAAGCGACGCUACAACCCCUCAGAAGAAAGGAAGUGAAGAACUGGAACAGGAAGUGACAGAGCAGCCUGUUGACAUGACAACGACAAGCUGUGAGACGGAGGGGAGCAGUCCUCACAGGCCGGGAGACACAGAAAAUAAGAUAAGAAAAGAAGAGGAGAAGGGGUCUAGGGAGAGCUGGGAGGGGUCUGGUAGUGAAGGAGGGAUAGACAGGGGUCAGAGGUCAGAUAUCCUGAGGAUGGUGAUGGACAGGAGGUUGAGAGGUCAGCUAGCUGAAGACCAAGAGACAGGCUACCACACAGAGGAGGGCAGCAGUCCCGACCAGGACCGGGACCAUGGAAGGAGCAACUACCAGACAGACCAGGGAGGGAGCGAUGGAGAGGACAUGUCUGCAGACAACAGCAAGAUGGAGGAUGAGGACGACUCGUGGGACCUGAUCACCUGUUUCUGCCUGAAGCCGUUCGCGGGUCGGCCCAUGAUAGAGUGUAGUGAGUGUGGCACCUGGGUGCACCUGUCCUGCGCUAAGAUCCGCCGCACGCACGUUCCUGAAGUCUUCACCUGCCAGCCCUGCCGAGAUGCCAAGACCAACAUCAGACGCUCCAACCGGGCGCGGAUCGCCCCCCGCAAACGCUUCAGCGACUAGAGAGCACCAGCUGGUUCAUUGGCUGCAUCCCAAUUGGCAGCAGGUAGCCUAGUGGUUAAGAGUGUUGGGCCAGUAACCGAAAGGUCACUGGUUUGAAUCCCCAAGGUGGAAAAAUCUGCAGUUUUACCUUUGAGCUAGGCAGUUAACCCCCAACAAUAACUCAACCCGAGCGCUGUUGAUGUCGAUUAAGGCAGCCCUCCGCACCUCUCUGAUUCAGAGGGGUUCGGUUGAAUGCAGAAGACACAUUUCGGUUGAACGCAUUCAGUUGUGCAACUGACUAGGUAACCUAUAUAGUGAACUACUUUUGACCAGAGCCCUAUGUAGGAAAUAGGGUGCCAUUUGGGACAUUGACCACUAGUGAGCAUCAAGUUCUAUGCUGGUCCAUUUUGCCACUCUGCAAAAACCACCUCCAGCCACCAGGGUUGUGUUCAGUAAAACACAGAAAAAGUAAAUUAACUUUUGUUAUUGGACAAGUCCAGGUAGUCCUCCCUGUUUCAGUCCUUUUUCUUAAAUUUUGUGCCUAAUGAACACGACCCAGGACACUGCCAUCAGCAACUAAGCCAUGAGUCUACGGUUGUGUUCCCCUGCUCAGAUGUUGCAUUCAUCAACCAAUGGUCAUCAACUGUGCCGACAGGCACCAGAUUGUUAUAACAUAUGAUGUGGCUAGCUGAUACUUAAAAUACCUAUCCAGGCAUUGUAAGAUCCUAUCACUCUCUCCAGAACAUUCACAGACAAUCAUGUCUACUCAGGAAGGAAUGAGGGGCUACAGGAGAGCGAAAGAGGGAAUGGGGGGAUGGAGUGAGGGCAGGGGUGAAAGAGGGAUGUGGUUGGUAACAGUCUGUUGUUACUGUUGUGGUGAGAACAUAACAUCUUCUCACAUGCUAAUCUCAUUUACCCCCACCCCUCCCUUCAUCCUCCCUUACCUUCACCCAACCCUUUAAUUCAAUUAAAUUAAAUGUAAGGGCUUUAGUGGCAUGGGAAACGUAUGUUAACAUUGCCAAAGCAAGUGAAGUAGAU